AAUGUAAUUAUUUAUUUUUUAAAUCAGUAUUUGUAAGAUGGUAAAUUUAUUUUUUACUUUAAAAUAAUCGGCUAAAUGGCUGACAUAAACUAAAUUGAUCGUGACUUUCUCAUAUAUUAAAUGUGGAAUAUUUCCUGAAGAAUAAUGGGUACUCGAAGUCAUAGUAGGUGGUUUCACCCAAACAUCACUGGUGUUGAUGCUGAAAAAAUGCUUACAGACAGAGGGCUAGAUGGUAGCUUUCUAGCAAGGCCUAGUAAAUCAAAUCCUGGGGAUUUCACUCUCUCUGUGAGACGAAAUGGAGAAGUAACACACAUAAAAAUACAAAAUACUGGUGACUAUUAUGACUUAUAUGGGGGUGAAAAGUUUGCUACCUUAGCUGAACUUGUGCAAUAUUACAUGGAAAAUCAAGGUCAACUAAAAGAGAAAAAUGGUGAAGUCAUUGAGUUGAAGUAUCCAUUAGUGUGUGCUGACCCUACAACAGAAAGAUGGUUUCAUGGGCCUUUGUCUGGGAAGGAAGCUGAGCGAAUUCUGAUGGACAAAGGAAAAAAUGGAAGUUUCUUGGUUCGUGAAAGCCAAAGCAAACCAGGGGAUUUUGUACUGUCAGUCAGAACAGAUGACAAAGUUACUCAUGUUAUGAUUCGUUAUCAAGAUGGCAAAUAUGAUGUUGGAGGUGGAGAAAAAUUUGAUAGUUUAACAGACUUAGUAGAGCACUAUAAAAAGAAUCCUAUGGUUGAAACCACCGGAACAGUUGUCCAUUUAAAGAUGCCAUUUAAUGCCACACGUAUUACAGCUUCAACUAUUGAAUGCAGAGUGCAACAAUUAGCAAAAGAAAACAGCCAAAGUAGUGGAAAGGCAGGUUUUUGGGAAGAAUUUGAGUACCUUCAACAACAAGAGUGCAAGCAUUUAUACAGCAGAAAAGAAGGGCAGAAACCUGAAAACCGAUCAAAAAAUAGAUAUAAGAACAUUCUCCCAUUUGAUCAUACACGAGUAAUAUUAAAGGAAGUAGAUGCCAAUGUUACUGGUUCAGAUUAUGUCAAUGCUAAUUACAUAAUGCCCGAUGAAGAUACAGUAGGCGAUGGUCCUAAGAAGUAUUAUAUUGCAACUCAAGGUUGUUUGCACAAUACUGUUGCAGAUUUCUGGUGGAUGGUUUGGCAAGAGAAUACUCGAGUAAUUGUAAUGACAACUAAAGAAAUUGAAAGAGGCAAAAACAAAUGUGCUCGAUAUUGGCCAGAUCUAAACCAAACAAAGGAAGUUGGGAAGUUUGUUUUGAAAAAUUUAAGUGAAUCUUCAACUACUGAUUAUAUACUGAGAGAAUUUUCUUUGACAAAAGAAGGCUCUACGGAAACACGCACAAUUUUCCAUUAUCAUUUUACUGCCUGGCCAGAUCAUGGUGUUCCAUCUGAUCCUGGCUGUGUCUUAAAUUUCCUACAUGAUGUGAAUCAUCGUCAAGAAUCAGUAGCACAAGCUGGACCUAUCAUUGUUCAUUGCAGUGCUGGUAUUGGAAGAACAGGAACAUUUAUUGUUAUUGACAUGAUUGUAGAUCUAAUCAAAAAGCAAGGCCUUGAUUGUGAGAUAGACAUUCAGCGAACUAUCCAGAUGGUACGAUCCCAAAGAUCUGGCAUGGUCCAAACAGAAGCCCAAUACAAAUUUGUUUAUUUAGCUGUGCAACAUUAUAUUGAUACUUUACAACAAAGGAUACAAGCUGAACAGAAAAGCAUCCAGUUAGGAAGAGAGUAUACAAACAUUAAAUAUACUGCUGAAGCAGCAGGUGCUACCGAGCCUCUAAAAGUGCUUUCAAAUGCUACAUCAUGUCCUAUUACGCUUAGUCCACCAACACCGACCAUGCCUCCUAUUAUGACAAGGUCAUCAUGUGAGAAUCUAAAGCCACCUGUGCCUCCAAGAAUAAGUCCUGAUGCAGUAGUCCCUCGGCCACCAGAUGAACCCUUACAAUUAUAUGAAAAUAUACCCCUUAAAGAUAAACCUUUAGUGCCUUUGAGUUCACCCUUCAAUAUUGGGCCUCCACCUACAAUUGCACCUCCACCACCUCCAAGAAAAUCAUGACAAAUCAUUAUUGCAGAUUUCCAGAAAAUUAAAAGUUGCCAUUUAGCCGUUUUGUGUAAGCUGUCUACAAGCUGAAAUAAGAUACUGCAUCUUUGUGUAGCUAAGCAAAAAAUUACAUAUUAAAUUUUACUGACUUUUUCUUUUAAUUUCACUAGUAAAAAAUAAAUCAAAAAAAUAAUUUAUUUAAUCCUAUAGGUUUAUUCAACUGCUCAUUCCAGUUUGGGAUAAGGCAUUAAUAAUUUACAUUUCUUCAUUGUCAUUUGUUUCAAAUUGAUUCUGUUAUAAAGUGAUGGUCAUGAACAAAAUAAGCUACAAGGUUUUCUAUUCUUCAUGUGAAAAUUGCUGUUAAAACAAAUGGCAUGUAAAGUGCCUCUUUUUUUACUGUAGAUAUAUAGAGCUUCAUAAUGGCAUUUAUGUCCUUUUACUAAGGGAUGCAGAAAUUCCUUGAUUUCUUUAUUUGACUCAUUUAAUUGUAUAUUUAAAUGAAUGAAAGAAUAUUGCCAUGCAACAUUUUAAUCACUGUUGAUGAUUUGAACGAGUUGUUUUACUUGAAUUGAUUGAAAUAAUGUUUAUAAUUUGAUUUUAACUAUUUUAAUUUAUUAAAAUAUAUACUGAUUUUUCUUAUACAUUUCCUCACUUUGAUUUAAUGCAAGUGCAUAAAAUAAAUUUUAUUCUUUUUUUUUUAAUAAGUUGGUUACUUUGUAAAACAGGAAAGUCUUAGAAGAAUUAAUCAGUUUUUCUUUUCUUUUCUUUUUAUCAAUUUUUUUUCUUUCAGUCUUGUACUAUCUCUGUACCAUUGAGAAGUGGUUAGACUUUUUAAAGUGCAAUAUUAAAUCUAAUUUCAUAGCCAUAUUAAGUAAGUAAUUCUAAUUUAAAUUUUCAAGCUGUUUUGUGCAUUGAAAAAUUUAUAUUAUGCUAUAUAGA